AUGGCGCUCCAAGGGACAUUAAUGGAAUCUUUGUUCACAUGGGUGAACAGUCUGAAGGUGGACGACCCCAUAGAGAACCUGUCUCAGCUGCAGGACCUCAACAUCAUCAUCAAAAUCGUCAAUAAACUGAACGGGAGCUCCGAGGAACAUCCACAGAUCCUCCACAAACCUCUAGAUGAGCGCCUGGCCUUCCUACAAAAACACUGCAGAUGUGGAUCCAAAGCCGAGAACCUGGUCCAGUGGGAGAGGAUUGUACAUGGAGAGAACAGCGACGUGGAGAUCUGUAAGAUCUUGGUUCUGCUCUUCUACGUCUCCAACAUAAAAUGCAAGAAUGCCCAGGACUGGGAGAGCUUUGACCACAAGACACAGACUAACUUGGCCUCCAUCCUGAGAUUCGUCCUGGACAAUGAAGAUGACCUGUCCCUUGAUGACAAACUCAUCCACUUCCUGCAGAGGAAAGCGCGGGUCAUCUCCACCAGUGAGAGCGGUUCCAGCUCAGAUGAGAUCGCGUCGCCAAAUGUGCCGGUGCGGAAAUCACAAGUGCGCUUCCUGGAGCUGCAUAAGGUGGCUUCCUCCUCCAGCUUGAAAAGCCUCCCGUUAGACUCUCCAUCCUCCCCGAUGAGUGAAGUGCUGCACAUGCCACAGUUC